AUCCCUUUUAAGAAUCUAACUUAUAUACUUUCGCUAAAUUACUAAAAAAAUGCAAUACUCAUCCGUCGUUAUUGGUUCCGCCUUAGCUGCCUCUGUCUUAGCUGCUGCUAACAAUACUUUGACUAUCACCACCCAAGUUACAUUGACUGACUAUACCACUUAUUGUCCAGAACCAACUGUUCUUACCAUUACAGUUUGUGAAGAAGAAGAAAUCUGUUCUACCAAGUCAAUUGCAGUUCCAGUCCCAGGUACUAUCACUGUCACUGAACCAUGUAUUGUUGAAACUGUUUACACUACUGUUUGUGAAACCACCCCAUCCUACGGUAAUUCUACUUCAGUUCUCCCAACAAAGGCCCCAGCUACAACAGUUCCACCACUUACAGUUACCACUUAUGAAGGUGGUGCCGUCAAGAAUAUGUAUGGUGCUUUUGCCGGUGUUGCUGCUCUUGCUGCUGCUGCUUUGAUGUAAAAGUAAAAACUAGGAAAUAUUCUCCAAAUAUUAAUAAAGAAAUUAUUUCGGAAACUCGUUUCAUCCAUGUUUCGGUUUUGUUUAUUUUUGUUUCUUCUUUUCAAGUUUACAAUUUCUCUUUCUAUUUAGUGACUGUUGCUAUAGGUUUGUGGAAUUUGAUAUUCCAUUCAAUACCCAUUUUCUUUGUAUAUACAUUAGUAAUAUACAUAAUUUUGUUUUAUUUUACUGGAAUCUUU